CACACACACACAGGUCAACAUCUGUACACACGCAGGUCAGUGUUGUCUAAUUGUGUGUUUGUGUUGCAGCUGGCUGGAGUCGCCUUCAUUGCGGUUGGCUUCUGGGCCUGGAGUGAGAAAGGCGUCCUCGUGGAUCUCACCCAGGUGACCCGGCUUCAUGGUUUUGAUCCUGUGUGGUUGGUCCUGGUCGUUGGGGGAGUCACCUUCAUCCUGGGCUUUGCUGGCUGUGUGGGAGCUCUGAGAGAAAACAUCUGUCUACUUAAGUUUUUUUCAGGCGUGAUCGGCUUCAUAUUCUUCCUUGAGCUGACGGUGGCGGUGCUGACGGUGGUCUUUCAGAGUCAGGUCAGAGACUGGAUCAACGAAUUCUUCCUGACGAAUGUCAAAGCGUACAGAGACGACAUCGACCUGCAGAACCUGAUUGAUUCGCUGCAGAAAAUGAACCACUGCUGUGGAGCUCAGGAACCCAACGACUGGAACCUGAACGUUUACUUCAGCUGUAACGGAACUCAUCGCAGCAGAGAAAAGUGUGGAGUUCCUUUCUCCUGCUGCCUCACGGAUCCUGCUGAUUCUGUGGUGAACACUCAGUGUGGAUACGACGUGAGGAACAGACCAGAGAGGGAGUGGACCGAUCACAUCUUUACUAAAGGUUGCAUCACAGCGCUGGAGGACUGGUUACCUGGAAACCUGUACACUGUGGCCAUUGUGUUCAUCAUUAUCUCUCUGCUGCAGGUNGUUGGGAUCUACUUGGCCAGGACGUUAAUCUCCGACAUUGAAAAAGUCAAACUCACCUACUGAAGGCUCUGUUGAUGUGGGCGGGGUGUACCCCAUCAAGGGGCGUGGCUUUACGCUAGGAGGUAAUGGACCAACUUCCUGGUGCCGCCCUCUUUCCUUUUUCUUUUCUCUCGUCUUCAGCCUUUUUAAUUGCCGCUGUGAACUGUCACCUGAUUGGCUGUUGCGGUGCCUUAUUCAGGAACUUGACUGUUAUUGGUGACAUCAGCAGCAGCAGCUGCAGCAGGCGAAUACACUGAAACUUCAAAAUAAAAGCACACAGCUUGUUGUUAUUUUCAUUAUCAGGGUCAAGUGUUUCCUCUAAAAGAAACACAACAAAGAACAGAAUCCUGACUUUGAAUUGAUUGAUUGUUGCAGUUCUCACUGAUCAUAUGUAGUAAAUACUGUAUCAGUGUGUACUUCAUACUCUAUGUACUACAUAAACAGUAUUAUAUAGUACACACAGUACUUAGUACAUACAGCACACUGUACAUACAGUACAUAGUA